AAAGAAAAUAUCUGGUAAAGAUCUGUUGAAAAAAUGGGGUAUUUUUAGAGGCUAAAAUCAAAUUAUAAAUUUAGCAUUUUUCAUUCCUCUUCACUCGGCCCUCUUGCCGCUGCUCGCGGAUUUUUGAGAGCAGCCAAAAAAUCAAAAGCAAGAACCUCAAAAUCAGAAAAUAAAUCUAAAAAAGAAAAAAAAAAAUGGGGCUAGUUCAAAUCUUCCUCGCUAUAAUUCUCUCAAUUUUCCUCCUCAUUCUUGGCGUCUCAGCACAACAACAAACAGAAAAUACCCAACAAAUUGAUUCCAUUGCAGCGAACAAGGAACUACGUGGGCAUGGCUCUGCUGAAAAUGUUCAUUCAAUAACAAAGCACCAUGACAAGGGCAAUGGCCAUCAUGCAAUGAAGAAAAAACACCAUUCGUUUUCGAAGCAAUUUCUCAGUGCCCACAACAAGAUAAGGAAGAUGUAUGAUGAGCCUCCAUUGAGGUGGAACAAGAAACUUGCCCGCUAUGCUCGCCGCUGGGCCGUGAAGCGUGCCUUCGAUUGCAGGAUGGUCCAUUCGUACGGUCCUUACGGCGAAAACCUUUUCUGGGCUAAGCAUGAUCACUGGACACCAUCUGAGGCGGUGAAAUCGUGGGUGGAAGAGAAAAAGUACUAUGAUCCAUGGAAAAAAGCGUGCGCUCAAGGACAUAUGUGUGGACAUUACACGCAGGUUGUGUGGAGAGAGACAAAGCGUGUUGGGUGUGCACGCAUCAAAUGUAAGAAUGGAGGUUUGUAUGUGAUUUGCGUGUAUGAUCCACCAGGGAAUUACGUUAACGAGAGCCCCUUUGGCAAUCCUCCGAGAAUUCCCGAGUUUGCACUUAUACCAUUUCCAUGAAAUUACUCAUACUUUAAGCACAGCUACCCUAUUGGAUUCAAGGUAUCACUUGAGGAAGAUUAGUGGUUUUAUUUUAUUUAAUUGAGUUAAAAAGGAAAGUACAUGCAUAGGUUGGCUGUGCAUCUUAUCAUACGAUUUGCAAUUUUUUUUUUUUACUUCCAUGUUGAUUGAAUUUUCAUACGUAAUGUAAUAUAAUAACAAUGCAGCAGCACAGAAAUUUCUUA